UAUCCUUGUUAUAACAUUAUAAUCAUCCUAUGUCAUAAUUGAGAAAUACUUUUUUUGAGUGUCUACGCUCUCAGAAUCAUCACAGUUUCUAUGGUUCAUCUCUUUCUUCGUCUUCUGCUCACUAUUUUCUAAUUUCCUUGUCAAUCCGAUCGAGAUCGAUUUUGAUAUUUCCGAGCGUUGGUUGGUUUCAUCUGGGUUUUGUUAAGUUUUUGUAGUUGAUUAGAAAAUAAAAUAUUUCUCCUCUAAAUUAUUCUAAGGUUGGAAUUUAGGGUUUUUCACACAUCGAUUGAUGUAGGGUUUAGGGUUUCUAUUUAAAGCCACAGAUUCGUUUGGCUCACGGAAAUACAUUAGAAAUUUGUUCUUUUGUUCAUUUUAGUGAUCAAACCAGUUGAAAAUUUUCAGCGAACCCGAUAUUUUAGUCUAGGAACUUGUCAAAUCAUGUAAUAUCACAAUUUUUUUUACGUUUUCACAGAAUUUUAUUUUCUCUAAUCGUUAAUCUCUCUCUCUCUCUUUUUUUUUUUUUUUUUUAAAUGUUUGAAGAAAAGAGAGCUUUAAUUACGAAUGGCAGAGACUGAUCAGGUGGAUGAUGGCUAUGGCCUUAAACUCUCUGAAUUAUUUGGAAAACAUACAUGUAAGAUUGAGGAAUAUUCAGUAAUCGACAAAAAGCCGAUCCGUAGCCGUCUUUUUGAAGUCGGCGGCUGCCAAUGGUAUAUUUUAGUUUAUCCCGAGGGAUGUGAUGUUUCCGGUUUUCUCUCCUUAUUUCUCUGUGUUGGAAACUAUGAUCAACUUCUUCCAGGCUGGAGUCAUCUUGCUCAGUUUACAAUGUCUGUGGUGAAUAAAGAUCCAAAGAGGUCUAAGUUUUCAGAUACGCUGCACCAAUUUUGGAAGAAAGAGCAUGAUUGGGGAUGGAAAAAGUUUAUGGAGUUACCGAACUUAAAGUAUGGGUUCAUAGAUGAUUUUAACUCUCUUACAAUUACUGCUCAAGUUCAGGUGAUCAGAGAGAGGGUGGACCGACCUUUUCGGUGCCUUGAUAAUGAUUACAGGAGAGAACUUGUUAGGGUGUAUUUGCCAAAUGUAGAGCUUAUUUUCCGACGUUUUGUGCAAGAGAAAAGAAGCAAGCUUGAGAAGUUGAUGGAGGACAAGGCAAGAUGGACAAGCUUACGUGCUUUCUGGUCAGGGAUGGACCAAGACUCUAGGCGUGGGACGUCUAGAGAGAAAAUGAACGUAAUCCUGACAGGGGUUGUGAAAUGCUUUUUCAUAAAAAAGGAAGUUACAUCCACUCUGGUGAUGGAUUACUUGUAUAGUGCGUUGAAGGAUCUUGAAGGGCAAACUCAGAACAAGAAAGCUCCAAGAAUGUUAGAAGCCAAAGAACUGCCAGCUCCGGUUGUUAGUGUGGACAAAGAUAUGUUCGUAUUAGACGAUGAUGUGCUGUUGCUCUUAGAGAGAGCUGUUCUAGAGCCGAUGCCUCCAAAAGAUGAGAGAGGUCCUCAGAACCGUAUAAAGGCUGGCAAUAAUGGAGAAGAGUUUGACAAGGAAUCCUAUGAGCAUGAUGAGAUGCAUUUAACUGAGUUGGGUAGACGAGUUGUGGAGAUAUGUGCUCUUUUCCAUAUCUUUAGCAAAAUUGAGGUUGCACAUCAAGAAGUUAUUGUGCUAAAAAUGCAAGAGGAACUUAUUCGUGAGGAAGAGGAAGCUGGAGUUGGCAGUAGGGGUGGGCAAAAAAAACUUAACCAAAGAAACCGAGCCAAACCAAAGCGAAAUAAGUGAUAUGUUUUGUCUAUGGUUUGACCUAGAAACCCAUUUUCUUAUUGUAUUCUUUUCAAGUUUUCGGUUAAAAUUUGAUUAGGUUUAAAACCAUAAAACUGAAUGUUUUUAUUGGGUUUCUUUUGUUUAAAUUGGAUUUAUCCUUGAUAUCU